AGUCGUCAUUUUAAAUGGCAGUUGCGAUUUGAGGGGCAACAUGUAACGAGGCUGAAAAGACAUAAAAAGCAAAUUAUAGGCGAAGUGACCACGUGAAAAAAUUUCAUUCAAAAUUUCUAUGCCGUCUCGUUUAAUAUCGUUGCCAAAUCGUCGCCAAAAUGUUAAGCGAUGUUAAGGUGGGAAUUAAACUAAGACCUCCGACGCAACAGGAGCUAGAUGAAAAUUUGUCGAUGCAAUGGAUCGUAAAAGAAAACUCGAUUGUUUCGUUAGAGCAAAAGAUAAGUAAAUGGAACGAUAACGAAUUUCAUUUUGAUUAUAAUUUUGAUGUAAAUACAAAAAAUUCUAAAGUAUUUGACAAUAUUGUUAAACCUAUUGUUGAUGCUACUAUAAAUGGUUUCAACGGAACAGUAUUUUGUUAUGGUCAGUUUGAUUCUGGUAAAACAUAUACAAUGAUAGGUACUUCAGAAGAUCCAGGAAUAAUACCACUUACUGUUGAAUAUAUAUUUGAUGCUAUUUCAAAUGUCAUUCAACGUGAAUUUUUAUUGAGGGUAUCCUAUUUAGAAAUUCAUGAUGAGAAAAUAAAUGACUUAUUAGAUAAGAAUCAGAUUGAUUUAAAAUUAUACAAAGAUAAUGGACAAAUAAUUGUUAACUGUACAGAAAAAAUUACAAAUUCUUCAAAUGACAUGUUGUCUAUAAUGAAAAAAGGAAUUAAAAAUGAGAGGAUAGAAGAAAAUAAGAAUAAACAUAUUGGUAGCCAUAACAUAUUUCAAAUUAUAAUUGAAAGUCAAGGAAUUGAAGAGGAUUCAAAGAAUAUUGUACAAUUAUCACAAUUAAAUUUGGUAGAUCUUGCUGGUUUUACAAAAACUCAGUGGACUGAAGCUAUUGAAGAACAUCAAACUGAUAUAUCUCUUCUUACUCUAGAAUCAAUAAUUACACAGAUGUCACAAAAUAACCAGAAACACAUUGAUUAUCACAAUAGUAAACUAACAGAAUUGCUACAAUCAUCAUUAAGUGGCAAUGCUUUGAUAGCAGUAAUAUGUACAGUGACACCUGUUGCUUUAAAGGAAACAUGGUACACUUUAUCGUUCGCAACUAAAGCUAAAAAGGUUAAAACCAAACCACAAAAGGAUAAAAUUACAUCUGAUGUAUCACCUCUUUGUUAUGCAAAACGAAUAAAACUAAAGCGAAUAAAAAAUGGAAACUCAUCUAUAGAUGUAGAAGAAGUAGAAUCUAAUAAGGUGCAACAAAAAUGUCACUUGUUAGAAGAACAUAUAAAAUUAUUAAAAACUCAAAUUAUUUCUGGACAUGUAAAAAAUGAUGAAAAACCAGUUAAUUAUAAGUCUAAAAGAAGAGAAAUUUAUUAUAAUCCUGGAAUGGUCAAACCGUAUUCACCUAUAUUUUAUACUCAAACUUGCUUACCAACAAUAAAAGAAAUUUCACCCGAGAAACCACAUAAAAAAAACAUUAUGCAAUCAAUUGACAUAAAUCAAACAUUUCAGGAAGAUCUUGAAUCAGAAGCAAGUGAUCAUGAAAUAAUUGAUCAUGAAGCAGAUUAUGAAAUAAAAAAAAAUGAUGAUAGAAAUAAACAUGUUAAAUGUAUGGGAAGUAAAUAUUUUUUUCUAAAAUCUGGAACGGAAGAGUCUUUAAUGCAAAUUUCUAGGUAUCUAUGUAAUUAUUAUCAAAAUAUUAUCCAUUGUAACUUAGAGUUUCCUCUUAUCUACAACAGCAGUGAAGUAUCUCCUUCUACGCCAAAAAAAGUUUUACGGAAAUGUAUUGUGGAUUUGAGAACAGAGCUUGAUGAACUUCGUGAAUUUACAACUUUGGAAAAACAAUUGACAUAUGAAGAAGAGCAUUGUUACACACAUAAUAUGGAGGAACAAGCGAAUAAAUUGUUUACUUGUUCUGAUUUAAAAAAUGAUGAAAUUGACAAAUAUUCUCCAAAUUUUGUAAUACAAUUAAAGGAUGAAAUAAAACCUGACGUUCAAAGUAUUAAAUUAGAUAUAGAAAAGUUGGAAAAAACUAUUUGUUUAUUGACAAAUGAAAAUAUGGAAAUGUCAAACAAAUUAUGUGUUGAAAAAGAACUUGCUAAAGAAACCGAAUUAAACUUUCAGAAAACAAUCAAUAAACUUUAUACACAGAUCUCAAAAAUUACGGAAGAGAAGAUUGAUUUAGAAAACCACAUAACAGUCUUGAAUGACCAAUUGGAAUCGUUUCGUUCAAAAACAUCAGAAAAAUGCGAUGAUGAGCAGUUACUUAUUAAAUAUCAGAAUAAAAUUGAAGCAUUAAAAACAGAAAAUAUUGAUUUAUCAGCUAUUAUUGCAAAUCAAAAUAAGGAACUUGAAAAUAUUAAAGAAAGUAAAGCACUAUUAUAUGAUCAUGACUGUAUUUAUAAAGAUAAAGUCACAUUACUUACAGAAAAAAAUGAAUAUUUGAUAAAAGAAAAUAAUGAACUUUCUACUGAUUUAAUAAACAAAAUUGAGGAAAAUGAUAUAUUGAAAGAACAGUGCGAUAUUUUAGAUAAUAAAAUAACUUUAAUAAGAAACAUGGAUUCUAAUGAAAAUGAUAUAGAGAAAUUAAGGUCAGAAAACAAUAUUUUGAAAGCUAGAAUUGCAGAAUUAGGAAUAAGAAUAACAAUAUUAACUGAUGAAAAUGCAAAAUUUUCUAAUAAUUUAUUAGAAAGUAUGGGAAAUUUUGAUAAUUCGUACAAUGAAAAAGUACAUGAUAAUUCAUCUAUUGCACCUAAUGGUCCUGAAAAACCGAAUGAAACUAUAAAAAAAAUAGUAUCAAAUGAAAAUUACGAAGAACUGUCAAAUAAAAUUAUGAUGCUACAAAAAGAAAUUACACAUCUAUCUCGUGUAAAUAAAAAAUUAAGUGAUUUAAAAUUAUCAUCUUGUGGUCAAUGUGUACAUUUAAAGAAUGUAAGUGAAAGUCGUAGAGCUUUAAAACUUGAAGCAAAAAUUUUAAAUCACAAAUUAGAAGACUUACAAAAAAAGUUUGAUCGUAAAUGUGCAGAUACUGAAACAUUAAAACUUAAGGUUAAUCAAGAAUUGAAUUUAAGUUUUUCUGACCCAUCCUUGAAUGCCAGUUUUGUAGAUAGAAUGAAUGUAAGUUUUAUAGAAGAAAAAGUUCACCAUUUAAAUAACGAAUUACAAGCUUUAAAAGAUGACCAUGAUAAACUUUCAAUUUCAUAUAAAGAAAAAUGUGACAAACUUGAAAAACUUCAUAGUGCAAUAGAUAAUGCAAAGAAAAUCGAGCAUCUUCAAAAUAAUAUCGAUCAACUGAAAAACGAUAUAGAUGAAAUAAAGAAGAGUAGUACACAUUUUGUUUCUUUGUAUAAAACAAAAAAAGAAAAAUUAUUGGACAAAAUUAGUAGUUUAACAAGUAAUAAUGAAAUAUUACAACAAACAGUGGCAGAUAAAGAGACAUCAAUAUCUAAAGCUACAGAGAGAGUUCAAAUUCUUGAAAAUGAAUUGUCAUAUAUGAAUAAAGAAAUUGUACAGUUUUCUGCGAUGGAGAAAAUAAUGCAGAGUGAAAAAAUGACAUUAGAAGUAGAAUUAGAAGAAUUAAAGCUUGAAAAUGAAAACAAAGAUAAUCUUAUUAUUCAACUAAAUAAAACAAUCGAUGAUUUAAACAAAUGUAUAUCAUCAUUUAAACACGAAUUAGAUUUAAUAACUACUCAAAAGAACGAAUUGACUAUUUUAAUUGAAAAAAAUGAAUGUAAAUAUAAAGAUGAAUUAAAACUUUUAAGAAAGCAAUGUGACGAAUUAAAAGAAGAGAAACAAAAAAGUAUAGAAAUAGAAAAACUGCAAAUCAAUGAAUUAAAAUCAAAUAUAGAAAAACUUAAAAUAGAUUUAGAAAAACAAAGAAACUUACAUUGUGAAGAUACUGUUAAAGAAUCUAUGAUCAAAGAAUUAAACUCAUUUGAAUGUAUAUCACAUUCUGUAGAUUUUUCAAAUAAAACUAUAAACGAAAUUUUCAACAUCUUUUUACAAACUAUUAUGUUGAAAGAAGAAGAAAUAGUUAAAAAAAUGAACGAAUCAUUCGAAAAAGACAAACAAAGAUUAGAAGACGAGAAACAACAAUGUGUAGAUGCUGAAAAACGUAUGAUGUUAUGGGCUAAAGAAUUGGAAACAGAAAAUGAAAAAUUACACACUGACUUUAAAAAAGCAGAGAGUUUAUGUAUGAAAAAACAAGAUGAAAUUGAUCAGUUAAAACACUCUAUAAAAGAAAAUAAUUAUGAAAAGGAAAUACUCAAAGAAGAAAUUAAAACAUUAGAAAUUGAUUUCAACAAUUUGCAAAACGAAUUUGACAAACAGUGUAGAACAGAUAUUCAACAAAAAGAAGAAACAAUUAUUAUUGCACAAAAACGAGAGAAAGAAGCUCUUAAAUGUAAAGAAAUUGAACUUCAAUCUAAAAUGAAAUGUGAAAAAGAGCGAUAUGAAAAGAAAAUAGAAGAGUUAAUUUGCACUAUAGAAAUCUAUAAAACAAAAAAUAUAGAAAUGAAAAAUAAUAUUGAAGGACUUGAAGCUAAUGAAAAACAAUUGAAAAAUAUUAUAGAAGCAAAUUCUUUAGAACUGAAAGUAAAAAAUCAAAACAUUCAUAAAAUUACACUUGAUUUUGAAGAACUUAGACAAGCUUAUAAUGAAUUAAAUUGCGAAAUGAAAGAAAAAACAUCUAAAAUUCAAAACAUUACACUACUUUUGAAAAAUAAAUGUGAUAUGUUAUCCGAAUAUAAAAUGAAAUUAGAAACUAUCAUGCCAGACUAUGAAAUAUUACAAAAUCAAGUUCAAGAAAGAAAAGAAAGUAUAGAACGAUACAAAGAAGAAAUAGAACAGUUGAAGAUGGAAAAGAAGAAACAAAUUGAAGAAGUCAAAGACAAAUUAAAUUUGGAAGAGAUAAAAAAUGUUGGAUUGAAUAAGCAGUUAAAUGAAUUAAAUAGUAAAAAUAUUGUUUUAAUAGAAGAAUUUGAUAAUUUAAAAGAGAAGUGUGAACAGUUGCAACAAACAAAUGUUAAAUUAGAAAAGAAGAUUAGAAAUAGUACAAGUAAAGUGAAAGUUGAAGCAGAGAUGGAAGAGUUGAAGGAUGUAAACAAAAGAUUGCAAAAUAAUUUAGAAGGUGCAAGCAAUCGUAUAAUUGAACUGCAAGAAAGCAAAAAUAAAACUUUCAAAGAAUUAGUUAAUUUAAAAAGUCAAUAUGAAUUACUGUCUCAAGAAAGUAUUGAAUUAAAAAAGAUGUUAUCAUUAUGCAAAUCCAAACAAAAUACUUCAUAUUUAUUAAAAGAAGAAAGCAAAUAUGAUGUACUUCUUCAAGAAAAAAAUAAAAUCGCAUUACAAUUAGAAGGUAAAAAAUUAUUACUAACACAAAAAGACAAAGAGAUUGCAGAAUAUGUAAGUCAAAUAAAAAAUUUGGUUACUGAGAAGAGAGAACUGGAUAAUCAAUUAAGAGAAUGUACCACUAUUUUAUAUGAACGUAAUGAAGAACUAUCAAAUUUAAAAGAUAAAAUGUACAUGCAACAAGCUGAAAACAAAUUAAUUAAUGAAUUAACAAGAAAAUUAACAAGUCUAGAAAAAGAAAAUGAAGAAUUUAAAGACCAACUUCAAAUAUUUAAAACAAUAGCACAAACCAACAUGCAACAGGUAGAAGAUACAAAAUUACACAAUGAAAAAAUCCUUGAUAUUUCAAGAAAAAAAAAUUCAGAAUUACAAAUGAAAUUUGAUGAAUGUCAAAAUGAACUGGAACUAAAAAGCAAUAGUAACAGUUCAAGAUCUACUAGUCCAGCUUUUGAAAAUAACAGAAGAAGACGUAGCAGAAAUGAGAUAUUUAAUCAAAGAAGACAAUUAGAAAAUGUAGCAACUGAUACAGAUUAUGAUCAAUACACACAAACGUGCCAAAUAUUAAGAAAGAAAAUUCAGGAAUUAGAAUUAGAACUAGUAAUAAAAAAUGGACAAAUUUCGGCAUUAGAAACUCAAAUUCAGAGUGAAAAUUUUCCUUAUUUACAAAAAUGUAAGGAAUUAGAAGAAGAUAUGCUCACAUUUCAUAAAAAAAAUGCUGAUCUUAGUUCUGAGGUAAGAAAACUUCAAAGGACUCUAAAUGACAUUAACACAUGGGAAUGUGAUAUAUGCAGACGAUGGCGUAUUAAUCGGAGAAAUCAAGCCUGUCAAACGACGUUAAAUAAUACAUCACAACUUUUUGCAAUGAAUAAUGAAAUAAUUAAGGAUGAUCUAAAAAUAGCAAAACUGGAAAAAGAAAACGCAUUAAUAAGAGAUGUAUGUCGUGCACGAUGUCGGAAAAUAAAACAUUUAGAGGACAGAGUAAGAGAAUUAGAAGAAGCACAGGCUAUGUUGUAUUCAGAAUGUAAUGAACUUAUGAAAGAGAGAACUAAUCAACAACAUACUUCCAUGAUGGAAUUCAACAAACAAUUUAAUUUAGAAAAAGAUAUAAAACCGAAGACAAAAAUGGAUUUCCAAAAUCGACCUGGAGGCAAAACUGGUGGCGGAGGUGUUGCAUCAUGGUCAGAAAGUAAUCGAGAUAGAAGAGAACGUUUACGACAACUUGCAUUGGAAACUAUUGACCUCAACAAGGACCCGUAUUUUAUGAAAAAUCAUUUAGGGUCUUAUGAAUGUAAACUGUGUUUGACUCUUCAUAAUAAUGAGGGCAGUUAUCUGGCUCACACGCAGGGUAAAAAGCAUCAAGCUAACCUAGCCAGAAGAGCUGCUAAAGAAGCAAAAGAAGCCCCUCAGACACUUGCGCCUGAGAAACCUCGAGUAGAACCAAAAAAAUUUGUAAAAAUUGGUAGGCCAGGUUAUAGAGUAACUAAACAACGAGAUCCAGAAUCAGGACAGCAAAGUUUAUUGUUCCAAGUUGACUAUCCAGAGGUAGCAGAUAAUGUUAUUCCAAGGCAUAGAUUUAUGUCUGCGUAUGAACAAAGAGUUGAACCACCAGAUCGUAAAUGGCAAUAUCUAUUGUUUGCCGCUGAACCUUAUGAAACUAUAGCUUUCAAGGUACCUAGUAGAGAAGUUGAAAAAGCAGAGGGCAAGUUUUGGACACAUUGGAAUAAGGAUACAAAACAAUUCUUUUUGCAAUUUGCAUUUAAGAACGAAAAGCCUUCAGUUGGCAAAGUACCACCACCUCCUGUUCCUUUAAUACGACCUGGUUUAGGACCACCUAUGGUACCAGUUCCACCACCACCGAGACCACCUAUAUUUAAUCCAGUACCACCACCACCAGCACUUUUAGCUACAGGCAUGCAAAUACCUCCACCACCUCCACAUAUAAUCAAGAUGCAGGAAUCUCAACCGAAGAAAGGCAAGAAAGCCAGAAGAAAGCGCAAUGAUAGUGAUGAGGAAGAUAUUGAAAAAGUGUUGGCUGAAUUGGAACUUGAAUAUUCUGGACAGAAGAAAGAAGUCAAAGAUGCGCCAGUUGAACAGAAAAUUGAAGAUGAAGAUAAAAAGAAGAAGGGAAAAAAGGAUAAGAAAAGAGAGAAAGAUAUCAUUGAUAUUAAAGAAGAGUUAAAGACUACUGAAUUUCUUGAAGCAAAUGACAUUGAUGAUGAAAUGGAAGUUAGUACUGUAAAAACUGCUGCACAAAAGAAGAAAGAAAAGAAGGAAAGAGAGAAGCAGAAAAAACUUGCUCAGAAAAAAGCUGAAAUGACUAAGAAGGCAGAAAAUGAAGAAGAACAGCCUGCAAUUACAACAGAAAAGCAAAACAAAAAGGAGUCAGAAGUAAAAAUUCCAGAAACAAAGACUACAGAAUUGAAAGAAGUCAAUGAAGCAGAUGUUUCUGUACCUAAUGAAGGUGAUGAAGGAAAAAAGAAAAAAAAGAGAGUUGUGAAAGAGGAAACAAAGGAAAAAGGCAAAGGUCCUGGGAAGAAAACUAUUGCUGCAAUGCAAGAAGCCUUAAAGAAAUUGAAGGAGGAAGAAGAAAGGUUAAAACGAGAAGAAGAAGAAAGGUUACGACAAGAAGAACGACGGGAACAAGCUCGGUUGGAACAGCUCAGGCUAGAACAGGAACGAAAAGAAAGAAAAAAGCUUAAAGAAAAGCAGAGGAAAGAAAGGUUAAAGGCAGAAGGAAAGCUUUUGACUACAAAACAAAAACAAGAUAGAGCCAGAGCACAAGCUAUGAUCAAUGCGCUUAAAGCUCAAGGUUUGGAUGUACCAGGCGUAGGAGAGAAGAAACCUCCUAGACCAGGAACUCGUGUACGGCCGAGUAAAGUAAAACAGCAAGUGAGCAUCGAUGAAAAAGACGAUGAAAAAACGGAAGAAAAUAUGCCAGAAACAAAUACAGUUGAAUUAGAAAUUGUAGAUCAACAACCAAAGGAAUUUGAAGAAAACAAAGAUGAUGUCAAAGAUUCAUGGGAUGCUGAAACUAGUGAAGAUGAACAGGAUGAAGAAGAUAAUUUCAUAGAUAAAUUAGAUGAUGUGCCAAAAACUCCUGAAAAAAUUAAGGAAACAAUACUUUCACUUGAGAAAGGCAAGCAAUCACAAAUUGAAGAAACUGGGAAAGAAUCUUCAGAAAGUGAGUCAGAGAGCGAAAGUGGUAGUGAAUCAGAAACAGAAGAAAGUGAUGACAGUGGUUUAGAAGAUAAAGUAUCAGAUGCAGCAAGAAAAAAGGAACGAGUUAGAGAACGAAUACAACUUCGAAGGGUAGAAGCGGAAAAGAAGAAGUCGCUAGAUAAUCUUAGAGCUGCUGUAGUGUGCGUUUUAGGUCAUGUUGAUACUGGAAAAACAAAAAUUCUUGAUAAGUUGAGAAGAACGAAUGUACAAGAUGGUGAAGCAGGCGGUAUAACUCAACAAAUUGGCGCCACAAAUGUGCCUAUCGAUGCUAUUCGAGAAUCAACGAAGCAUGUUAAAGGAUUUGAUGAAAACAAAUUCAAAAUACCUGGACUUUUGAUAAUAGACACUCCUGGACACGAAUCUUUUAGUAAUUUAAGAAAUCGAGGAUCUUCUCUGUGUGACAUAGCUAUAUUAGUCGUAGAUAUUAUGCACGGUUUGGAACCGCAAACCAUCGAAAGCAUUAAUUUGCUAAAAUCGAAGAAAUGUCCUUUUAUUGUAGCUUUAAAUAAAAUCGACAGAUUAUACGAUUGGCAAACUAUGAAUCGAAAAGAUGUUCAGGAUAUUGUAAAAAGCCAAGCUAUUAAUACACAGCGUGAAUUUGAAAAACGUUCAAAGGAUGUUAUUGUGCAAUUUGCGGAACAAGGUCUAAAUGCUGCAUUAUUUUACGAAAAUCCAGAUCCUAGAAGUUAUGUUUCCCUUGUACCUACUAGUGCUAUCACAGGUGAAGGUAUGGGUAAUCUACUAUCGUUAAUAGUAGAUGCUUGUCAAGGUCCAUUAGCCAAGAGACUCAUGUAUAGUGAAGAGCUUCAAGCUACUGUUUUAGAAGUGAAAGCAUUACCAGGUCUUGGAACUACAAUAGAUUGUAUUCUAGUCAAUGGAAUGUUGAAAGAAGGUGAAACAAUGAUAGUAGCGGGUACCGAUGGUCCUAUAGUAACUCAAAUACGUUCGCUUCUUAUGCCACAACCGUUGAAAGAAUUAAGAGUUAAAAAUGCGUAUAUUGAACAUCGCGAGGUAAAAGCCGCACAAGGAGUAAAAAUUGCUGCGAAGGAUUUAGAAAAAGCGAUUGCAGGAUUGAAUCUCCAAGUGGCUCAGAAAUCGGAUGAAGUGGAUGUUUUGAAAGAAGAAAUUGCGAAAGAGUUGUCUAGUGCUCUCGGUAAUAUUCGACUCGCGGAACGUGGUGUUUACGUGCAGGCGUCAACACUGGGUGCCCUCGAGGCGUUGUUGGACUUUCUCAAAAGCAGCAAGAUACCCGUAAGUUUCAUUUAUAUUACACGUGCGAUAUUACUAGAUCAUUUACUAUUACGUAUCAUUCAUCGUCAAUAAACGAUGCUAACGAAGCGAAAUAUGUAGGUAAAUGGCGUAGCGUUAGUAUAAACGAACCGCAAGUUAAAAAAGUUCGAAUGUAAUUACGUAAAAAAUUAUAAAUCUCUAACGGCGUCAGAGAUUCGUUCACGCGGUUUACGAUAUUUUGUUUAGUAAGGUUUCGUUAAGUUUUUGCAUUCAACGAGAAAUCGGGAAGCUGCGUUGAAAGUGUAAAAACAAAAGCAAACUGUGUAACCAGCAGAAAGAUCGACGGCAAAGCGGGCAGAGAGACUGAAAGUAAAUGAAUGGGAGGGAAAAAGAUUCGUGAAGGGAGAAGUGAGAUGGAAAGGGAGAGAGAAAGAGAGAGGACAGCAACAACGAACCACUUCCUUCUUAACAGUUUAGCAGGAUACGACUCAUUGGUCGCAUAUGGUGCUUGUAGUUGCGAUCCAUCGUGCCAUCAGCCGUGUUGUGCAUCCGUGAGCACGCCUUACAGGUUUCCUCAGGGUGUUUUGUAUGUUUCGCGAUUUUUCAUCACGAAACUGACGAUGAAACAUCUAUUAUCAGCCGAUAGAAAUAUCUAUUCGAAAUGAAAAUUCACCUUCAAUUAAUAAAAUAGCAGAGAAUUAAAACAUCGUGCACGAUAUUACUCGUUUCUCUUCCAAAACUAAUGGCGAGUUGAUGUCGAUUAUAAAUUCAAAGAAAUAUGAUAUUCGUACAGAAAAAAAAAAAAAAAAAAAAAAAAAAAAAGAAGAAAAUAUCCAAAGAAACGAUCCUCGAUACUCUAAACGAAAGAAGUCGUUUCAGCUGUCGAAGUGCAUGAAUGAAAGAUGUUUGUCGCGUAGCUCAAGUCAUUAUCAUUGUCACGAUGAUUCGUUCGACGUAGUUUAUCAGCGGCAAGGCAUCAACGUUCGCACGAUAAAGAA